AUUGGGAUAGCGCUAUACCAUUAGAAUCAGACAGCUGAUUGCCCAGCAGGAUGCCGUCGACUAUCCCAACAGAGGGCCUGAAGGACCCUGAAACUGCAGAACUCUUCUUCAAAGAAGAUCCAGAGAAGCUCUUCACAGAUCUCAGAGAAGUUGGCCAUGGGAGCUUUGGAGCAGUGUACUCUGCACGAGAUGUGCGCACCAAUGAAGUGGUGGCUAUCAAGAAAUUAUCUUAUACUGGAAUGCAGUCUACGAAGAAAUGGCAGGACAUUAUUAAGGAAGUCAGGUUUCUACAAAUAUUAAAACAUCCCAACAUUAUAGAAUACAAAGGCUGCUAUUUAAGUGAGCACACAGCAUGGCUUGUAAUGGAAUAUUGUAUAAGAUCUGUUUCAGAUUUCCUGAAAGUUCACAAAAAGCCAUUACAAGAAAUGGAAAUAGCAGCAAUUACACAUGGUGCUCUCCAGGGCUUAGCCUACUUACAUUCUCAUGCCAUGAUCCAUAGAGAUAUCAAAGCAGCAAAUAUCCUUCUGACAGAACAAGGCCAGGUGAAACUUGCUGACUUUGGAUUGGCUUCCAUGGCCUCUCGUGCCAGUUCUUUUGUGGGAACGCCGAAUUGGAUGGCCCCAGAAGUAAUUUUAGCCAAGGAUGAAGAACAACAAUAUGGUACCGAAGUAGAUAUUUGGUCUCUUGGAAUAACAUGUAUUGAACUAGCGGAAAUGAAGCCUCCUUUACAGAGUAAUAGUUCAGUAAGUGUCUUCAGUCGCAUAAUCAGAAGUGAAUCCCCUACACUACAGUCUACUGAAUGGUCUUAUCAUUUUCGACACUUUGUAGAUUCUUGCCUCCAGAAAAUCCCUCAAGAUCGUCCUACAUCACAGAAACUUUUAAAGCACAUGUUUGUUCGUCGGGAGCGCCCUGAAACAGUGUUAAUCGAUCUUAUUCAGAGGACAAAGGUGCUUUCCCAGGAGGCACAUAAUGGACCAGCAGUAGAGUCACAGGAAGAAGAGGAACUAGAUUACUGUGUUGGAUGGAAAGGGACAGUGAAUAGUGUUGAAAGUCAUCAGGCUGUUCCCAGUAUGUCCAGCGGGGCCAGUAGUCAAAGCACUAGUGUCAGCAGUUUUCCAGAUGCCUCAGAUGAUGAGAGAGAGCUAGACAUGAUGGAGGGAAACCACCCAGUCACGCCUAGUAGUUCUGUCAUCGAUUUAAAACCUGUGAGUAUUUGGAUUUCAGUGAAAAAAAUUUCAAAUUUGGUAACUAAUUUUCUUAGUCUGGUUAGUCUAAGAGUUUGGGUUUUUUUUUCCUUUGAUGUUUCAGAAGUUUGGAACAUAAUUUUAGGCAACUUAGUUACAAGGCAAAUACAAGGACAGGAGCCUAGAGAACAAAUGUUUUGUUACAUCGAAAUGAGGCGGCAACAUCGAAGAAAGCUGGUGACUCUGGAAAACAAGCUAAAGGCUGAGAUGGAUGAACAUCGUUUCAGAUUAGAAAAAGAUUUUGAAACUCAGUGUAACAACUUUGCGGCAGAAAUGGCGAAACUUAUCAAGAAACAUCAGGCUGCUCUGGAAAAAGAGGCUGAAGUGAUGCCCAAAGAGGAGGAAAAAUUUAAGCAACAUCUACAGGCCCAGCAGAAGAAAGAACUGAACAGCUUUCUGAAGUCCCAGAAGAGAGAAUAUAAACUUCAGAAGGAACAGCUUAAGAAGGCGCUGAAUGAAAGCCGGAGCGCCCCAAGGAAAGAAAAACAGGAAUGGCUGUCAAAGCAGAUAGAGAACAUCCAGCAUCUCCAAGCCGCGGAAAAGACUGAUCUUCUUCAACAUCAGAGACAGUGCCUAGGGCUGCAAUGCCGUCGCUUCCAAAGAAAGAUAUUCCUUGGGCGCUGUAACUUGGAGCAGGACCUCGUCAUGGAGGAGUUAGAUAAGAGGCAGACUCAAAUGGACUUGGAGCAUGCAACGCUACUGCGACAUCACGAAUCCAUGCAAGAACUGGAGUUCCGCCAGCUCAACACAAGGCAGAAGAUGCGCUCUGAGCUGAUCAGACUGCAGCAUCAAGCCGAGCUCACUAACCAGCUGGAGCAUAAUAAACGGAGAGAACAAGGACUAAGGCGAAAGCAUGCCAUGGAGGUUCAACAACAGUCUAAGAGUCUAAAGUCUAAAAAACUCCAAAUCAAAAAGCAGUUCCAGGACACCUGUAAAAUCCAAACCAGACAGUACAAAGCUUUAAGAAAACUCUUACGGGAAUCUACACCAAAGAGUGAGCGCAAAGCUGUUCUGAAACGGCUUAAGGAGGAGCAGACCCGGAAGUUAGCCAUCUUAGCUGAGCAGUGUGACCACAGCAUUCGUGAAAUGCUCUCCACUCAAACCCUGCAUUUGGAUGAAGCACAGGAGGCAGAGUGCCAGGUUUUGAAAAUGCAGCUGCAGCAGAAACUGGAGCUGCUGAAUGCAUAUCACAGCAAAAUCAAGCUGCAGGCUGAGGCACAAGAUGAUCGAGAGCUUCGGGAGCUUGAACAGAGGGUCUCCUACCGCAGGGCACUCAUACAACAACAGAUAGAAGAAGAGGUACUGACGUUUCAGAAUGAAUCUACGGAACGAAUACAAAGCCUGCUGGAGCGUCGAGCAACACAAUUGAACGCUUUCAAGUCUGAAAGCGAAAGACUAGGUUUUAGUAACCUUGCCCCUGACGCAUUCAGCCACAGCUCCUCCAGAGCUUCUGAUUUGCCUCACAGUCCAACUGGGGGUCCAGGACCUCACUCGGGGCAUCCCAUAGGUGGCCCACCACAAGCCUGCGGCCAUCCAAUGCAAGGUGGGCCUAGUCAUGGAGGUCACCAUUCCACGCCAAUGCCUUGGGUACCCCGAGGUAGCAGUAUGGGAGUUGGCAAUGGCCCUCAGGCUCUGAGGCGGACAGCUGCCGGGGGAUGGACCGAACAGGGCAUGAGCAGAAGCACGAGCGUCACUUCACAAACAUCCAGUGGGUCACACAUGUCUUACACGUAACUUAAUAACUGAGAAUGGCAAUUCCGCUGAGCUGGCCGCCACUACAGACAUCACCCCAGCAGCCUCCUCACUUGGCUAAUACCGUGUGGAAGCUGAGUGCAUGUGGUAUAUUUUACUCAUUUUUGUAAAGCGUUUUGUUUUGUGUUUACUAAUUGGGAUGUCAUAGUAUUUAGCUGUUGGGUUUUGUGUUUUUUGUUUUUAACUUUUGGGGAAAUUUUAUGAAAAGGGGAAUUGGUGUGUAUGUGUAUUUAUCAAAUAUGCAGACACACACACACACACACAUAAUGCACGUAGGAAAAAGAAACUGGUUAGAUAGGGUAUUUUCUGAAAACUGCAAAAACAGAAUUCAGCAGUGGCCUGAGUCAUCAUCACCUUUGGGCAACUCUAUCCUAAGAAAUUUGUGAAAAGAUCUAAAGCCUUUCUCCGUAUACCCCACCCAGAUUCUUAUGAGCCACUCACAGCAGGGAGCAUGUGCCAGAACAAGUUAUUAUGGAAACACCUGUAUCCCCUCACCAAUGUAUUUUGUUUAUUAAAUAAAUGUAUUUUGUCUGACUUUUGUUUAUUAAAUUGGCCUCAUUUGAAGUAGGAAAAAAAGUAGAAAUCCAUGAACACUAAAGGGUUGCAUUGACUUUUUCAGAGAGAAGAC